GGGUAGCGAGCGAGCUGACGAUUUGACGAUAGUGCAAAGUUCUGUUAUAUUGAAUUGCAUGUGGCGCGCUCAGCUUCAAGUUCAAGGUAAAAGCAGGGGCGUCUUCUGCCAAACGAAGAUUAUCACCAUCUCAUUCCGGCUUAUCUGCAACCGCACUGAGCACCACCUUUUAUUUACCAGAUCAAUUGCAAACAUGAGCUAUCAGGCGCCAUCGGCUAUCUACAUUCGGAAGCAGGACGGUCAGGCAUUUCUUGAUGAGAUUGAGGUUGGGAGAAAAGAAAAGCCCUCUCCCCAGGCUGGAGAGGUCCUAGUGAGGCUCCUCGUUCGUCCUGUCAAUCCUGCGGAUGUCCUGUCCAUGCAAGGUUACUAUCCCGGUUUCCAGCCAGCUUCGCUUCCUGCAAUUCCUGGCCUGGAAGGGUACGGGAAGAUUGAGGAGAUUGGCAGCGGUGUCUCCGGCCUCAGCGUGGGACAGCGAGUGGUUCCCAUUUUGCUGAACAAUUACACAAAGCACGGGAAUGGAUCUUGGCAGGAUUACAUUGCGGUGAAGCAGGACGACAUCAUUCCGAUCCCGGACAGCAUCUCAGACGAGCACGCUGCGCAGUUCAUUGUCAACCCGUGGACCGCCAUCGGCCUCUUAAAGUUUCUCAACAUUCCUAAGGGAGAGUGGCUACUGCAGACGGGGGCGAGCUCUGUCCUGGGGCGCCAGAUCAUUGCGCUGGCCAAGCACUUGGGAAUCAAGACCGUCAACGUCGUUCGCCGCCCGGACGCGGAGGCCGAGCUGAAAGCCCUCGGUGCGGACGCUGUGAUUGCGAGCACGGGGGACCAUUCGGACCUGUCCGCAAAGGUGAAGCAAGUGACGGGGGCCAAUGGCGCCUACGCUGCGAUCGACGCGGUCGCUGGCGAUAUUGUCAAGGCGCUGUCCGAGAGCGUCCGCAACAACGGGUUGCUCGUCCUGUACGGCGGAAUGUCCGGAGCGAUGGAGUCUGUGUUUAUGCAUUGGGAGGUCGCGUUGCGCAAGGUCAACAUCACCGGGUAUUGGGUCACGCCCGACAUUGCCGCGAUGACGCCCGAGCAGAAGCGGGAGCGCGCCAAUGAGGUGAUUGACUUAAUGAACCAAAGGGUGAUAUCACCCUUCAGCGGAGAAAAGUUUGACCUCAAGGAUGUCAAGAAGGCAGUACAGAAGUCACUAGAGGAGAAGCGCGGCGGUAAGGUCUUGCUCGUAGGUUGAGUGGCAAGAAGUGCGGCAUCAAAAAGCCAAGACUGAGUGCACUGAGUCGACGGGAGUAUCACGCAGCGGCUAAAAUUUGGAGCGGAAUGUCAAAGCAGUAGAUCCAGAUAAACGCAAUAAAGUAGGUGAAACGAGGUCUGCAAUUAUAAAGGCCCAAAGGAGUAGAGCCUGCGAUGAGUCAGUCAGGUAUAGGAAGACAGUCAUAUGCCCGCCUAGUCAGACUCUUGAGAAACGAGUUCACAGCUAAUGUAGGCGAUUGGCAUACGCAUGCGCCAGCAGCCUUCUCGAGCACACUGAGAAAGCCGAUACCUUUCGUUACAUUGUUGUAGUCUCAUGUAUGUGUUGCAUGAGACAAGACACGGAUCAACAGCAUCCGGUCAACUGCUGCGCGCCGCUUUUUAAGUUAUGCUACCUUUUGAGUCG